AUGAAUUUCACUUUAGAGGGAAAACUCAAAAUAGAUUAAUUUCUAUAAAUACUCAAAAUCUUCUCCUUUCCUAUUAUUAUAUGUGAUGAUGAAAAAAUUCAAUUUUCAGAAAUACCGGAGAAUUAAAGAUUUAAUGAACUCAAUAAAUCAGAUAAACCUGCUGGCUUUGCAUAAAUAAAUAAUGAUUUCUUUAAUGAAUAUUAAUCGUAAAUUAGAGAAAAUCAUCUAAAAUUUGCAGAAACAAGCUGUCUAAACAUUAAAAUGUAACAAGAUGUUUGCUUAUUAAAUUCUUAAUUGAACUAUGUUUGCUGUCAAAUUCCAAUUGAUAUUAUAUAUAAAGCACUCAAACCAUUAGCUAAAUCUCACAUAAAGGUUUUAAAAUUGUCAUUUACUUAUUUACUUAUAGAAAAAAAUUAUGAUACCAAGUUAAUUUAGUUGCAUUUUAUUGUAGGAGCCUAUUCAGAAAAAGGUUUCUUUACGAUUAUGAAACCUGUUAAUAUGCUUCAAUCUAGAGAAAUAGAACUGCCGAAUUUAAAAAAUAAAUUAAUUACAAUAAAUUAUGAAAACUGUAAAACUAUCACUCAGCAAAUGAAAACAUAUCCAAUUGGAAUGACAUGCAAUGUUGAUGAAAUAUCCUUCUCUCCGUUAUCCGUAGACUCAGAACAAGUGGAUAUUUGGUCAGGAGCAUUGCCAUAUUAUAAUUCAUCUUUUGUAGAAGAAAUAUAUGGUAAUCUAAGUAUUUAGUCUAUCUAUGCUAAAACAUAUAAUCCUGUUCUGAAUUACAGUUCGAAAGUUAAACUUGAUUGCACAAUCUACAUAAGUCCAGCUGAAAAUGAUUCGAAAGCAGCCAUUUUAUAUUUUGUUGCUAGUGAAUCGAAUGUGAUUAUUUGCAAUAGGUAAUAAGUGAUAACAAAUGAUGAAUCAAAAUAAUAAGGCAAAUUGUUUUAGGAUAUUAGUGAGGAAUUACUUGAAGACAUAGAACAAAUUAGUAGCCAAUUCGAGAAAAAGUUCUCAUAAAUCUAAAUAACUACGAAUGUUAAGGACAAUUACAAUAGUGGUUAUGAUAAUUAAGCUGUAAAAAUGGCAUAUUCAGCUGUUGAUGAAAACAAUAGUAAAAUGUAUAGUACAAUCAAUUAGAAGGAGCCUUUAUUGUUUAUCCCACCAAAAGUCACAGGAUCAAUCAAUGAUGCUAUUUUAGACUACAUGACCAGAAAUUCUUGUAAAUAAACCACAAGCUCUUUACCAAGAUACAAAUCAAAUUAUCAGAAUUGA